AUGGCAACGGCACUACCUGUGUUUCCACCUUUCAGUGUACAUGAAAGUGCAGCUGAUCAGCGCUGGAAAAAAUGGACAAAACGACUUCAAAAUUUACUUGUGGGAAUGAAUAUCAAGGAUAAAGUGAGACAAAGAGCGUUACUUUUGCAUUACGCAGGAGAAGAAGUAAAUGACAUUUUUGAUACCUUACAAGAAACUGGAGAGGAUUACGAUACAGCACUUACGAAGCUAACUGAAUAUUUUGCACCGAAGAAAAACGUUGAAUACGAAAUAUAUAAAUUUCGUCAGGCAAAGCAAGAAACAAAUGAAACAAUGGAUGCGUUUCAUACAAAGUUAAGACAAUUAUCUGUCAACUGUGAAUUUAAUGAUGACAAUCGGGAAGUGAAAUCUCAAAUCGUUCAAGGAUGUUCAUCUUCAAGACUGAGGAGAAAAGCUCUAAGAGAAGAUAUGACUUUGGAACAAUUGUUAUCGUCAGCAAGAGCUCUAGAACUAUCUGAAAGACAAGCAAACGAAAUCGAGAACAAAGAAGAGAAACUUGAGACCAACGCUUUACACAAGAAGAGAAAUUUUCGGAAAAAUCAACCAAGAUGUUUACAACAAGAUAAGCGUCCGGAACAACGUAUGAAUGAACAACGUAUAAAACGAAACAACAGAUGUAGGAAUUGUGGAGGUGAAUUUCCACACCGAGGGAAAUGUCCUGCUCAAGGAAAAUCCUGCAACUUUUGUAAGAAGCCUAAUCAUUUUGAGAAGAUGUGUAGGUCAAAAAGAAAUGCUAAUACUACUAAACAAUCUGUUAAUACGCUAGAGAAUUCAGAUUUUGAAAACAAUUUUGAAUAUCAAUCUAAGAAAGAGAUAGACAGUAGUUCAGAUGAUGAAUAUGUUUUCGGACUACAGACAGAAUCGCUAUUAAAAGAAACCGUGAAUUCUAUCAAACGGGAUCAGCCAAGAAUUUGUGUCAAAAUCAAUGAAUCGGACAUCAACGUUCUUAUCGACACACUAACAUCAAAACUUAAAAUUCGUGGGAAAGUUUGA